CGAGGAAGCCGGACAUUCGAGAGCGGCCGGUGCACAGCUUCGGAGUCUUCAGCGUUCCGCUCCAGCUCUCCUGAGGCGGCCGUACAAUCCUCGGCAGUGUCCUGAGACUGUAUGGUCAUCUCAGUGGCCGCACUCGCCUGGCCCCGGAUUUCUUCCAACUCGCUCUCUCCGAGCCACUGUUUUUGUUUGCUGGUUGGUUGGUUGGUUGGUUUGGUUUUGUGACAUCCCAGAAAAUUGACUCCUGUUUGCGGAUAAACGGGACUUCAGGUCGCUUGUCGCUGUUCUCUCCUCCGGCGUCUUACAACCUCCUCCCACUCCUUUCCCCGGCCCCGCCUCCUCCUGCAGGUUCCUCCCCGCCACCCUUCUCCUCCCUCCUCCUCCGCACCUAGCCAGGAGUCUGCAAACUUCCACCUGAUUGUGCGGGACACUCGGAUCUGCGAGCACUAAAGACCUUUCACACCUGCCGGGCUGACAGAGAGCGGCCGAGGGCCACAGCAAAGGCAACGGCUGCAGCCCCCUACGGGCCUAAGAAACCCAGGUGCUCCGGGUCUCGGAGGGACAAGGCGACAAUGACAGCUGACAAGGAGAAGAAAAGGAGCAGCUCCGAGCUGAGGAAGGAGAAAUCCCGAGAUGCUGCAAGGUGCCGACGCAGCAAGGAGACGGAGGUCUUCUAUGAACUGGCUCAUGAGUUACCACUGCCUCACAGUGUAAGCUCCCACCUGGACAAAGCCUCCAUCAUGCGGCUAGCUAUCAGCUUCCUGCGGACACACAAGCUCCUGUCCUCAGUCUGCUCUGAAAAUGAAUCCGAAGCUGAGGCUGACCAGCAGAUGGAUAACUUGUACCUGAAAGCCUUGGAGGGUUUCAUUGCUGUGGUGACCCAAGAUGGUGAUAUGAUCUUUCUUUCGGAAAACAUCAGCAAGUUCAUGGGACUGACCCAGGUAGAACUAACAGGACACAGUAUCUUUGACUUCACUCACCCUUGUGACCAUGAGGAGAUCCGUGAGAACCUGACUCUCAAAAAUGGCUCUGGCUUUGGAAAGAAAAGCAAGGAUAUGUCCACCGAACGUGACUUCUUCAUGAGGAUGAAGUGCACAGUCACCAACAGAGGCCGGACUGUCAACCUCAAGUCAGCCACCUGGAAGGUCUUGCACUGCACUGGCCAAGUGAGAGUCUACAACAACUGCCCUCCUCACAAUAGCCUCUGUGGCUACAAGGAGCCCCUGCUGUCCUGCCUCAUCAUCAUGUGUGAACCUAUCCAGCACCCAUCCCACAUGGACAUCCCCUUGGACAGUAAGACUUUCCUGAGCCGCCACAGCAUGGACAUGAAGUUCACCUACUGUGAUGACAGAAUCAUGGAACUGGUUGGUUACCACCCCGAGGAGCUACUUGGUCGCUCUGCUUAUGAGUUCUACCAUGCCCUGGACUCAGAGAACAUGACCAAAAGUCACCAGAACUUGUGCACCAAGGGGCAGGUGGUGUCUGGCCAGUACCGUAUGCUAGCAAAACACGGAGGAUAUGUGUGGCUGGAGACCCAGGGGACUGUCAUCUACAAUCCCCGCAACCUGCAGCCCCAGUGCAUCAUGUGUGUCAACUACGUCCUGAGUGAGAUUGAGAAGAACGAUGUGGUGUUCUCCAUGGACCAGACUGAAUCUCUGUUAAAGCCCCACCUGGUGGCCAUGAACAGCAUCUUUGACAGCAGUGGAGAUGCGGCCUUGUCUGAGAAGAGUAACUACCUGUUCACCAAGCUGAAGGAGGAGCCGGAGGAGCUGGCCCAGUUGGCCCCAACCCCAGGAGAUGCCAUUAUUUCUCUGGAUUUUGGAAACCAGAACUUUGACGAGCCAUCGGCAUAUGGCAAGGGCAUUCUGCCCCCAGGCCAGCCAUGGGCUGCAGAGCUGAGCCACAGUGCCCAGAGUGAGUCUGGGAGCCUGCCUGCCUUCACUGUGCCCCAAGCGGGCACCCCAGGGAACACCACGCCCAGUGCCACAAGCAGCAGUAGCAGCUGCUCCACGCCCAGCAGCCCUGAGGACUAUUACUCAUCUCUGGAGGAUCACUUGAAGAUUGAAGUGAUAGAGAAGCUCUUUGCCAUGGACACAGAGGCAAAGGACCAGUGCAACACCCAGACUGAUUUCAAUGAGCUGGACUUGGAGACGCUAGCACCCUACAUCCCGAUGGAUGGGGAGGACUUCCAGCUAAGCCCCAUCUGCCCGGAGGAGCCACACAUGCCAGAGAGCCCCCAGCCCAGUGCCCAGCACUGCUUCAACACCAUGACAAGCAUCUUCCAGCCACUGGCCCCAGGGGCCACUCCCAGCCCCUUCUUCCUGGACAAGUACCCACAGCAGCUGGAGAGCAGGAAGACCGAGCCUGAGUACUGGCCCAUGUCCUCCAUCUUCUUUGACCCUGGGAACAAAGGGUCCCUGCCCCCAUGCUGUGGCCAGGCCAGCACUCCUCUCUCUUCUAUGGGAGGCAGAUCCAACACUCAGUGGCCUCCAGACCCACCGUUACACUUCAGGCCCACCAAGUGGCCUGUGGGCGAUCCGAACCCUGAAUCGUUGGGGGCUGUGACAUUGGGCCCAUCACAGUUGGGGCCACCCAACACCUUACCGCAUGUCUCCAUGUUCAAGAUGAGGUCUGCAAAGGACUUUGGGGCUCGAGGCCCAUACAUGAUGAGCCCAGCCAUGAUAGCCCUCUCCAACAAGCUGAAGCUAAAGCGCCAGCUGGAAUACGAGGAACAAGCCUUCCAAGACACCAGUGGGGGGGACCCUCCGGGCACCAGCAACAGUUCACAUCUGAUGUGGAAACGUAUGAAGAGCCUCAUGGGAGGGACCCGCCCUCUGAUGCCUGACAAGGCCAUCAGUGCAAACAUGGCCUCUGAUGAAUUCACCCAAAACUCCAUGAGAGGUCUGGGCCAGCCACUGAGACACCUGCCACCCCCACAGCCACCAUCUGCCUUGAGCCCAGGGGAGAAUGCCAAGAAUGGGUUCCCGCCACAGGGCUAUGCCUCCCAGUUCCAGGACUAUAGUCCUCCAGGAGCCCCAAAGGUGUCAGGCAUGGCCAAUCGACUGCUGGGGCCCUCGUUCGAGCCUUACCUGUUGCCAGAACUGACCAGAUAUGACUGUGAGGUGAAUGUCCCUGUGCCUGGAAGUUCCACACUCCUGCAAGGGAGAGACCUUCUCAGAGCUCUGGACCAGGCCACCUGAGCCAGGGCCUUGGCCGGGCAUGUUCCUGCCCUGCCACCUUGUCCUGCCAGCUUCACCUUCCGUCUGUGUUGCAACUAGGUAUAUCUAACACCAGCACACUUAAGAGAUGUACUGACCUGGCCGAUCUGCCAGGUCACCAAGCAGUGGCCUUUAUUGACAUGCUCACUUUAUUAUCCGUGUUUUUAAAAUACAUAUUUGUUUUACUGUCGAUGAAAAUGCCCUGAAAUUUUGUAAGACUUCCCCCUCCUUCCCUUGAAUUAUCUCUAAUUUAUAUUCCCCAAAGGUUUCUCUUCCACAUCUGUUCUAACAAGCGUGGAGGAGGAUGUUGGCUCUCCGGUUAAGGAAAGUUUUGGCUUCACUCGACUGAAGUGGUUUUGUCAUUGUUGUUGCCAAAGAGAAAAGGAUUUUCCCUUUCCAAGCACCGUGGUGGAUGUGCGCUCUCUCUCUCUCUCACACACACCCAUUACCUUAUUGUAAACUUUAGUGUUUUUAAACAGCCAACUCUAUGCUCUGGUUUUGAUACGACUCAUGUGGCAAAAAAGCAAAUGUGAAGGGUGAACUCCAGGGUCACCCGUGCCGCUACACAGUGGCCUUCCUGAACCGUUUGGCGGAGUCCCCCACCUCGCCCCCAGGUUCAGUGGGUUUUUUAUUCUUAUUACUCAAAAGCAAAGCUGAGGUUUUUUUUUUUUAAAGCAAGAUUUAUAUCUGGGUUUAAGUGUUUAUCAUAUAUAUGGGUACUUUGUAAUAUCUAAAAACUUAGAGAUGGAAUCCUGCUCACAUACUUUCUAGGGCUGUUAUUUUUAUUUUCCUCAGUGUUCUAGAUACUGUAGAACUGUAUAGUAGUUCCCCAAGCCUAUACUAACACUGCUAUGGAUCCCCGCCCCCUCUCUGGUGACCUUUUGCUUUUGUGAAAUGUCAUAGGUGUGACAAAAAGAACCCCAGGGGUCGAGUCAUCAAGGGCAAAGCAUCGCAAGCUAUCUUCUGUCCUUAUAUUCCCUGUGCACUAUGUACGUACGCAUGGUUAUUGUUGCUACGAGGGCUCUGACGGCACGUCGGGGAUGGGAAGGAUGGGAUUUCACUUUGUUCAAGUGCACUGAGCAAGUGACCCUACCUGUCUCUCUGGUGCGGCACACUGGGUAUUUCCACAGCUACCAUGAGAUGGUUUGAGUGGGGAUUCACAAAUGAUGGACUGAUCCAGUCCUGUGAGCUAAACUUGGUCUGGUCAGCCCCGCACAGUCAAGGUGCAGCCCCGCCGGUAGGCGAGCAGUAGGCCGACCUCCAGGGGUCUCAGUCACAUGAAGUGACGUGAAUAGGUAGGAAGCACUGAAAAUAGUGUUCCCAGAGCACUUUGCAACGCAUGGGGAGGAGGGGGACCACCUUUUGGGUGUGUGAUACCAAUCAACAGCCGAUGUUGUUGACUCAGGUACAAUAAAACAACUUUAAAUACACACAAAACCCAUCAGGCCAGAAGGCAGUAAGCCUAGAGGGACUUACCGCUCACACCAAAAAUUAACUUUCAAAGUCAGUCUACCUAAAAUUACCUAGGCAUGGUGUUGUCCAAAUUGCACAGUGGUGCGCAGUGUGGCCUGACACACAGGGAUAGAACUUGAAGGGUUAUUGAUAUGUAAAUGAUGCUGGUAUUUGGUUUUCUGUGUUGUUGCCUCAGCAUUAAGGGCAUUUCCUUUUGCAGUUUUACUAAAAAAAAAAACAAA